GACAUGCCGCUGCUUCUGGACAGGGACAACCCCGGUCUGGCGGAACGCCCCAUCACCUGGUUCCUGCCUCCUGCUCCCCUCGUGUCCCACUGUCUGCUUCGUCAAUACCCCCUCAGAUGAGCGAGGACAUGCCUCUGCAGCUGGACAGGGACAACCCCGGUCUGGCGGAACGCCCCAUCACCUGGUUCCUGCCUCCUGCUCCACUCAUACCCCCGCCUCAAAACCCCCUACUUUCGCCCCCAACCCAUCUCCAACUCACUCCACCCCUCUCCACCCCUCAGAUGAGCGAGGACAUGCCUCUGCAGCUGGACAGGGACAUCCCCGGUCUGGCGGAACGCCCCAUCACCGGGUUCCUGCCUCCUGCUCCACUCAUACCCCCGCCUCAAAACCCCCUACUUUCGCCCCCAACCCAUCUCCAACUCACUCCACCCCUCUCCACCCCUCAGAUGAGCGAGGACAUGCCGCUGCAGCUUGACAGGGACAUCCCCGGGCUGGCAGAGCGCCCCAUCACCGUCUUCCUGCCCCGCCUGCUGCAGCAAUUCGCCUCGCCGCACGCCAGCUUGAGAAAGAUGGCGCUGGGGAGCGUGAACCAGUUCAUUCUGCACAUGCCCAGGGUAGGGCGAUGCGCAUGUAGCGCCGCUGCUUCAGCAAUUCGCCUCGCCGCACGCCAGCUUGAGAAAGAUGGCGCUGGGGAGUGUGAACCAGUUCAUUCUGCACAUGCCAAGGGUAGGUGUUGGGGAGGACUGGGUGGUUCACAGCACAUCCACAGGGUGAAUGAGCUGCACACGCCUCCUCCUUCCAACGCAUCUUGUUCUUCUGCUAUUUUUUCUGAUAUUGGAGGGGUUAUGGGGAGCCUUGGGAUUACCCCGUACCUCCGCUCCGCUUCUCCCUCUAUCCUCCCUCCCCCUCUCCCGCUCCCCCCUCUCCUUUCCAAGUCCGUUUUCGGGCGCCUUGGAAACAGACUCCUCCUUCACCUCCUCCCGCACCCCCCCACACCGUCAGGUGCUGCUGGUGAACAUGGACAGCUACCUGCAGGGCCUCUUUUUGCUCUUGGCUCCGACCCCAUCCCAGAAGUUCGUGCUGCUGGUGCUGCUGGUGAACAUGGACAGCUACCUGCAGGGCCUCUUUUUGCUCUUGGCUCCGACCCCAUCCCAGAAGUGCUGCUGGUGCUGCUGGUGAACAUGGACAGCUACCUUCAGGGCCUCUUUGCUCUUGGCUCCGACCCCAUCCCUGAAGUCCGCAAGCUGGUGUGCUCAGCUGUGGUGCAGCUCAUCGAGUUGCAACCUUCCUUCCUCCUGCCGCACAUGCGCAAUGUGAUCGAAUACAUGCUCGCAUCCACUCGAGACUCAGACCCCGAUGUGGCUCUGGAGGCGUGUGAGUUCUGGUCCGCCUACUGCGAGAACAACCAGUCGCCCGAGAUGCUGCGGGAGUUCCUGCCCCAGCUCGUCACGGUGCUGCUGACGAACAUGGUGUAUGCGGACGAUGACGAAGCGGUCAUAGAUGCAGAGGACGAAGGGGAUGCUCCAGACUCUGAUCAGGAUUUGAAACCGCGCUUCCAUCAGUCCAGGCUGCACGGUGCCAAUGGCGAGGAUGCAGAGGAGGACUACGACGAGAGUGCGAGCACGUGGAAUCUGCGCAAGUGCAGUGCAGCAGGGCUGGACAUCCUCUCGCACGUCUUUGGGGACGCACUGCUGCCCAUCCUCAUGCCUCUCAUCCAGACGAAUCUUGCAGACCGAAGCGAGGGCAAGUGGAAGGAGCGGGAGGCGUCAGUGCUGGCCGUGGGCGCUGUAGCAGAAGGCUGCAUUGAUGGGCUGCUGCCCGCGCUGCCCCAGAUGAUCGCGCACCUGCUGCCUCUCCUGGAAGACCCGCACCCGCUGGUUCGGAGCAUCAGCUGCUGGACGCUGUCGCGCUACUCCAAGUGGAUCGCCCGCGCCGUUGAUAAGCCCGAGGGGCAGCAGCAGUUCGACGCCGUGUUGACGGGGUUCCUCGCGCGCAUUCUGGAUAACAACAAGCGGGUUCAGGAGGCUGCCUGCUCUGCCUUUGCUACACUGGAAGAGUGGAUCGCCCGCGCCGUGGAUAAGCCCGAGGGGCAGCAGCAGUUCGACGCCGUGUUGACUGGGUUUUUGGCGCCGAUUCUGGACAAUAACAAGCGGGUGCAGGAGGCUGCUUGCUCUGCCUUUGCCACACUGGAAGAGGUGAGUGAGAGCACAGUCACGUCACAGCAGCACAGGCAUGCCCUCACUCGCUACUCCAAGUGGAUUGCCCGUGCCGUGGAUAAGCCCGAGGGGCAGCAGCAGUUCGACGCCGUGUUGACUGGGUUUUUGGCGAGGAUUCUGGACAACAACAAGCGGGUGCAGGAGGCUGCUUGCUCUGCCUCUGCCUUUGGCACACUGGACGAGGUGAGUGAGAGCACAGUCACGUCACAGCAGCACAGGCAUGCCCUCACUCGCUACUCCAAGUGGAUUGCCCAUGCCGUCGAUAAGCCUGAGGGGCAGCAGCAGUUUGACGCCGUGCUGACUGGGUUUUUGGCGAGGAUUUUGGAUAACAAGAGGGUUCAGGAGGCUGCUUGCUCUGCGUUCGCCACACUAGAAGAGGAGGCAGUGGACGAGUUGCCGGAACGCCUGGAGCCCAUUCUGCAGCACCUCGCCUUCGCGUUCAGCAAGUACCAGGGUGGGGCCGCAUGGGGGGAGGGGCGGGUGGGGCCGCAUGGGGGGAGGGGCGGGUGGGGCCGCAUGGGGGGAGGGGCGGGUGGGGCCGCAUGGGGGGGAGGGGCGGGUGGGGCCGCAUGGGGGGAGGGGCGGGUGGGGCCGCAUGGGGGGGAGGGGCGGGUGGGGCCGCAUGGGGGGGAGGGGCGGGUGGGGCCGCAUGGGGGGAGGGGAGGAGCGUUGCAAGACCCACGUUACAUUGCAGUGCUCAUGCCGCCUCUCACAGCCAAGUGGCAGCAGAUAUCCGACUUUGAUCGCGACAUCUUCCCGCUGCUCGAGUGCUUCACCUCCGUCGCUCAGGCUCUGGGCCCCGCCUUUGCUCCGUAUGCUGAGACCGCCCUGGAUCCCGCCUUUGCUCCCUAUGCCGAGACAGUGCUGGCGCGCUGCUGCCAUAUCAUCAGAGUUCAGCUGGUAGCACAGACGGUGCUGGCUCGCUGCUGCCAUAUCAUUAGAGUGCAGCUCGUGGCACAGGCCCUGGGCCCCGCCUUUGACCCAUACGCUGAGAAUGUGCUGGCCCGCUGCUGCCAUAUCAUCAGAGUGCAACUCGUGGCACAGGCGCUGGGCCCCGCCUUUGCUCCCUAUGCCGAGACGGUGCUGGCCCGCUGCUGCUAUAUCAUCAGAGUGCAGCUCGUGGCACAGAAGGACCCAGCAGCAGCGGGGGCGCCAUACGACAAGGAGUUCAUAGUGUGCGCUCUGGACCUCAGCUCACAUCUCCCCCCCACCUCCUUUGUGUGUUCUGCAUCUCUCUGCUUUCCGUCUCCCCCCUCCUCCUACCCCUCACCCCCAUGGCAGAAGGACCCAGCAGCAGCGGGUGCACCGUACGACAAGGAGUUCAUAGUGUGUGCCCUGGAUCUCAGCUCAGGAGUCAUCGAGGCCCUUGGACCGUCGGUUGAGCCCCUGGUCGCCAAGAGUGGCUUGACGGACCUGCUGCUGCAGUGCAGUGCCGUGGACGCCAAUGAUGUCAAGCAGAGCUCUCUGGCUCUACUGGGUGAUCUCACUAAGAGCCCUCUCGCGCUGUUGGGUGAUCUGAUUAAGUCGUGUGUGCAGCAGGUGCGGCCGCACCUCAACGACUUCCUCUCCGUGUGCGUGGGCCAGCUGAACGUCGUGUAUGCAGCAGGUGCGGCCGCACCUCAACGACUUCCUCUCCGUUCGUGUGUGCAGCAGGUGCGGCCGCGCCUCAACAACUUCAUCUCCGUGUGCUCGUGUGUGCAGCAGGUGCGGCCGCGCCUCAACGACUUCCUCUCCGUGUGCGUGGCCCAACUGAACGGCCCCGAGUCCUUUGUGCACGAGAGGAUUUCAGUGGCCAACAACGCGUGCUGGGCCCUGGGGGAACUCGCAGUGAAGGUGCGAGAGGAAAUAGCGCCAGCAGUGGUGCCGGUGCUGAACAACAUUGUGCCGGUCCUCACAUCGGCACAGAACCCCCGGGGCACCAAUCUUGCCCUGGUGGAGAACUGUGCCAUCACGCUCGGCCGCUUUGCAUGGGUGUGCCCUGACGUGCUUGCGCCCCAGGCCUCUCUCUUCUUGGUUCCAUUCCUCACCACGCUCAAGGGAAUUCGUGACGAUGUGGAGAAGGAGGAAGCAUUCAAAGGGCUGUGCGCUGUGCCGUUCCAUAACUAUGCAUUCAUGUCCCUUCUCCCAUCAUUGAGUCGACUCAAAAAUAGAUUCCUUCUCCCAUCACUCUACACGACCCACUCUCAUCCUCCUGAUCCUGCGUCUCCCUCCUAUUCCCCCACCUCUCCCCCCCUAUGCCCAUACACCAGCUUCUCCUGA